CUGAUUGUAGGGGCUUUUGGCCCUCCCUGAUUUUGGCAGGCGCAUGUCCUUGUGGAGAGUCGGGCUUAUUUGGAAAAUAAGGGAGUUGUCAGGCGGAAGAGAAGACUUGGCUUAAUAUUACAUUAGCCUAUCCAAAGCUCUCACUGCAAGUUUUCUGUGGCAUGUGUUUAAAACCUACAGCAGGCCUAUAACUAGCAUAUAUCUCAAACAGAGUUUAUAAGCCAAGGAAUUUGUUGACGGGGAUUUAUCAUCUUAAUAGCCAUCCCUCUGGAAAGCGCUGGUGUGCUGUCAUUGCGUAAACGCAUCCCCCACCUCCCUCGAAAGUGCUACUUCUGGAGGACUAGAGCGGACAUCACUGGACGUCUCACCUCCCUAACACAGUCUGUCUCCUACAUAUGUUUGACUCUCCACCUCUAUCCAGCCGACAGUGAGUCAUCCCCGGUAUAGCCAGUCGACCCGCCACUCCCGGUGGGUUCUUGUGCGGAGGAUGGAGACCAACCCCAUUCCCGUGGUAACGGUCCAGACGAGCCCGUUUGAUGACCAGCGGCCCGGUACUAACGGGCUGCGGCGGAAGACGGCUGUGUUCGAGGGCAAGAAGAACUACCUGCAGAACUAUAUCCAAAGUGUACUGUCGUCCAUCGACCUGAGGGACCGCCAGGGAUGCACGAUGGUGGUGGGCAGCGACGGACGCUACUUCAGCCGAGCAGCCACCGAGAUUAUAGUUCAGAUGGCCGCUGCCAACGGGAUUGGUCGGCUGGUGAUUGGACACAACGGCCUCCUCUCCACCCCUGCUGUGUCCUGCAUCAUCAGGAAAAUCAAGGCUAUUGGUGGAAUCAUCCUGACAGCCAGUCACAAUCCAGGAGGCCCCGGGGGAGACUUUGGGGUCAAAUUCAACGUGGCCAAUGGAGGCCCGUCUCCAGACACGGUGAUGGAGAAAAUUGCCCAGGUGAGUAGGACCCUGGAGGAGUAUGCCAUAUGUCCUGACCUCCGCAUUGACCUGGCCAGGCUGGGACGCCACGACUUUGACCUGGAGAACAAGUUCAAACCCUUCAGAGUUGAGAUAGUGGACUCGGUCGAGUUGUACCUCAAUCUCCUGAGAACCAUCUUUGACUUCAACGCCAUCAAGAGCCUUCUGACAGGACCUGAACAGCUGAAGAUACGCAUAGAUGCCAUGAACGGAGUGAUGGGUCUGUACGUGCGCCGUAUCAUGUGUGAUGAGCUGGGGGCUCCUGCCAAUGCGGCUGUCAACUGUGUCCCCAUGGAGGACUUUGGGGGCCGGCCUCCUGAGCCCAACCUCACAUACGCAGCCCCAUUGGUUGAUGCCAUGAAGGGCGGAGACAUUGGUUUCGGAGCUGCGUUCGAUGCAGACGGGGACCGGUAUAUGAUCCUGGGUGAGAAUGGUUUCUUUGUGAACCCUUCAGACUCCUUGGCUGUUAUGGCUGCCAACCUCUCCUGUAUCCCCUACUUCAGACAGCUGGGACUAAAGGGCUUCGCUAGGAGUAUGGCUACCAGCACUGCCCUAGACAGUGUGGCCAAGGCCUUGAAGGUGGCUCUGUAUGAGACUCCUACAGGCUGGAGGUUCUUUGGGAACCUGAUGGACUCCGGGAGGUGCUCGCUCUGCGGAGAGGAGAGCUUUGGGACAAGUUCAGACCACAUCCGUGAGAAGGACGGUCUGUGGUCGGUGCUGGUGUGGCUGUCCAUGAUGGCUGCCAGGAAACAGGGCGUGGAUGAGAUCGUCAAGGACCACUGGGCCAAGCUCGGACGCAACUACUUCUGCAGGUUUGACUAUGAGGGCGUGGACCCCAGAGCAGCCUUCUAUCUGAUGAGGGACUUGGAGGGGGUGAUCACAGACAAAGCCUUCCCAAGCCAGAAGUUUGCUGUGGGGAACACCGUCUACAGCGUGGAGCGGGCUGAUAACUUUGAGUACGUCGACCCUGUGGACGGAACCGUGGUCCGCAACCAGGGUCUGCGGAUCAUCUUCACUGAUGCAUCCCGUCUGGUCUUUCGUCUGAGUGGGAGUGGGGGAGGGGCCGGGGCCACGGUCCGGAUCUAUGCAGAGAGCUUAGAGAGAGACCCCGAGAGACAAAACAGAGAAACUCAGGCGGUGCUGGGUCCCCUCAUUGCCAUCGCCCUGAAGAUCUCUGACAUCCACGAGAGGACAGGACGCCGCAGCCCCACCGUCAUCACCUGAGCUCUGCACCACCGCACACACACACACACACACCUGAGUGCCCCCCCCCCCCACCACAAAACACACACGCAUCUCUGAGGCCACCACAUCCUGCUUGUUGUCACACCUGGGGCCAAUAGCAAGCAAGCGCUAUUCACUCUCUAUUUAUAUCAACAUUUUAAAUAUUAUUUGGUCUGCAAAGAAAAGAAGCAAACUGUGUAUUUCAGCAGUUGAUAAGACACCAUUUGUUAAUAUCAUGCCUCUGUUUUGAAAGUUUUGUGUUCUGGAUGUGCGAAAUUACAGCCACAAAGCCUGUGUCUUUAUCUAUGUGUGUGUGUGUGUGUAUUUGUUUGCCUUAUCAUUCAUUAUAAAGGCGACUGACGGAAUUAAAGACAGAUGUCCAGUUGUUUAUACAACAUGUUUUCUUACGAUAUAUUUUUUAACAUAGUAUAAUUUUAAGCAGCGUUUCACCUUUCAGGAAGUUUCUGCCACAUGCAUGCAUGCGUACACACACACACACACACACACACACACACACACACACACACACACACACACACACACACACACACACACACACACACACACACACACACACACACACACACACACACACACACACACACACACACACACACACACACUUCCAAGUAUGUUUGUCUUUAGCCAUGAGUAAAUCGCACAUACAGAAAAAUGAUAUAUUGGAAUAUAUUCCAAUAAAAUAUAAAUAUAUUUAAAUAUAUGUGGGAAAUGUAUUUAUCAAAUACAUAAAUAAAUAAAAUAUAUGUACAUGUAUAUUUGUAAAAUACACCCUCACCUCACAACCUUCUCCGUCCUUAGCACUAGGUUCCCAGAGUGGUGUUUUGCAAUGCUUAGUUGGAUCAACUGGAGUUGCAGUUGAAAAUAGAUUCUACAGCAAUUGAGGUAUAGCCUACCUGCCACUUAUGAAACAUAGUAAAAAUAAAUAAGGUGUUAUUUCGGAAACUUAAAAUACUUGAACGUAAAUCUUUUAAUACAUUAAAAUAUGUUUCCCGAGCUGUCAAUCACAAUUUGAAACGUUCCCGAUCCCCAUCCACAGCCCCACCUCCAAUUGAUGGAGCAGACUUUACAAUUUUGAAUUUUCUUCUGAAGAGCUGUUGUCACCGCCAAAAAGCUUUUGGUCAUUUUAUUAUUCAUUCAUAACAUUUAAUUAAAAUAUGUUUUUAACCUGAUGGGUGAUGAAGGAAGAAGAUCAUUUAUUCAACUGCAAGCAAGAGUUUUCAACAAACUUGCUAACUAACACAGCUAGCUACCUACCUAGCUAGCUCCUUCUUUAGCUUGCCACGAACAUGCAGUGUGACUGGUAAGAAUUGUUUUGAAAAUUAAAGUUCAGUAGAGUUAAUGUCAUGUAUUAGAUAUAAUUUCAUUGCCAAAACUAUUGUUAAAAUGUUCUUGGCUAGCCAAGCUAAUUUAGCUAGGUUUAGUGAGGGGGAUAUUUCUGAUAGAACUGGCUAGCUGGAUUAUUUAUAGCAACAACAAAAAAUAUAUUUGUACCUCCAGCAGUGGAUCCUUCUGGUCUGGAGCACAGUUGCCUAUGGAUAGACCCCAUCCAAUGUAAGUAGUCUUUUGUAUCAUUUAGUUAGCUAGUUCCCGAUUAAAUAAAAAUGUGUUCACAAACAUUAACCCCUUAUUUAUUUUUUAUCUUGUGUGGAAUUGUUUCAAUGACUCCAUUAUCCACAAGGAUAUCAACUUGUCAGUCAGCAAUGGACACUGGAGGUGAGGGAAUCUACAUUAUAAGUAUCAAUUUGAUGGUAAUGAACAUAAACCCCUAAUUCUUCAUCGUGUCCAAUGUUUUCACUGACUCUGUCUUUGCGUUAUUCAACAUGUGACUCUGAAAAUGGACAUUGGAGGUGAAGGAAUAUACAUUGGAAAACUGAUUGAAUGAAUGUUGUUUCCAUGUCAUUUCAACAAAAAAUGUAAUGUGAUGAUGUUGAAUAAAUGUGGAAAACUGAUUGGAUUUGCAAAAAGUCAUCAAUGUAGGGUAAUUUCAAGUUUUAACCUAAAUGUUGAAUUUUUGUUGAUUUCACGGUGAAUUAACAUUAGUUGACAACUCAGCCAAAUGUAAAAUCAAAACUAGAUGUGGAAAUUAUGUCUGUACCCAGUGGGAAUUUGAGAGCAAAAAAAUAAAUAUAUAUACUGUCACACCCUCA